AUGUCAGCACAAACACAGGCCCUCCCCGAGGGCCACUCCGUCCCUUCUAUUGAAGGUCUGACGAUACACUCGACAAAUGAAAAGUCCAAAUUCCCUGGCUGCUACCCAUCUCUAAACCCCGUCGAUAUCUAUCGUGAACACAUCGCCGAGGCCGUGGGCAAGGCCGCUGGCAUCGACCCGCAAUUGGUCUAUUCCAAAAUCGCAUGGACAAAUUCUUUGGACAAGGGCGAUUUGACACUGCCGGUCCCCGCCUUGCAAAUUAAAGGCAAGAAGCCGAAUGACCUGUGUGCCGAGUUAGCAGAAAAGAUUCCGGAAUCAGACCUAAUCCAGAAGCCGGUUGCGUUUGGUACCCAUUUGCAACUUUUUUUCAAACCGGGGCCUUUGACAAAAUCAGUAAUCAGCCAGAUCCUGGCAAACAAAACUACAUACGGGACAAAUGGCAACUUGGGUCUUCGGGACCCUUCUGACCCAUCCAAGGGAAAGAAGAAGCUUAUCGUUGAAUUCUCAUCGCCGAAUAUUGCCAAACCCUUCCACGCCGGCCACUUGCGCAGUACAAUCAUUGGAGGUUUCCUUGCCAAUCUUUACACGGUCACUGGCUGGGACGUGAUUAAGAUGAAUUAUCUUGGUGACUGGGGAAAACAGUAUGGCUUGCUGGCCAAUGGAUUCAAACGAUAUGGUAGCGAAGAGGCUCUUCUUAAAGACCCUAUUAACCACCUGUUUGAUGUCUAUGUCAAGAUCAACCAGGAUGUGGGCGCCCAGGAAGGUCCCAUCAAGGAGCUCAAAGAAAAGAUCAAGGCUAAGAAGGAGAAAAACGAGGAUGCCACUGCUGAAGAAGCUGAACUUGAGAAGUUGGUCGAUGCCAGCGAGGAUGAGAACGCUCGUCGUUACUUUAAGAGCAUGGAAGAAGGCGACCCAGACGCACUCGCCUUGUGGAAACGCUUCCGUGAGUUGAGUAUUGAGAAAUAUAAACAGACAUACGCUCGUCUAAACAUUGAUUUUGACGUGUAUUCUGGCGAAUCACAAGUCUCGCCUGAGAGCCUCAAGUCUGCUUACGAGACGAUGGAGAAGAGUGGCGUGACAGAGAAGUCCGAGGGUGCUGUGAUUGUCGACUUCCCUAAGCACAAAGCCAAGAAACUCGGCAAGGCUAUCGUCAUUCGAAAGGACGGUACUCCUCUUUAUCUCACUCGUGACAUCGGUGCCAUUGUUGAACGUCACAACAAGUAUCAGUUUGACAAGAUGAUCUACGUAGUUGCCUCGCAGCAGGACCUACACUUGGCUCAACUAUUCAAAAUUACAGAAUUGAUGGGCUACAAAGAAAUUGCAGACAAAUGCCAACAUAUUAACUUCGGAAUGGUUCGAGGAAUGAGCACCCGAAAAGGUACUGUCAAGUUCUUGGAUGACAUUCUGCGUGAUGUUGCAGACAAAAUGCACGAGGUGAUGAAGAAAAAUGAAGCCAAAUACGAGCAAGUGGAAGACCCUCUUAAAACCUCGGAUACGCUAGGCAUUACUGCCGUCAUGGUCCAGGAUAUGUCUGGCAAGCGAAUCAACGGUUACGACUUCAACCUAGACGCCAUGACUUCCUUUGAAGGAGAUACUGGUCCCUACUUACAAUACGCUCAUGCUCGUCUCUGCUCUAUCAUUCGCAAAUCCGAAAUCAACCUCGAGAGACUCUCAGAUGCCGAUUUCUCUCUUCUCACUGAAAGCCACGCCAUUGAUCUGGCGCGAUACCUCGCCCAGUGGCCCGACGUGGUCGUCAACACGGCCAAGACUCUCGAACCCACCACGGUUCUCACAUACUUGUUCCGCAUGACACACAUGCUCAGCUCCAGUUACGACAUUCUUCGAAUUGUCGGACGAGAAGAACAACUGGCCACAGCUCGUAUGGCCUUGUAUGAAUCAGCACGACAGGUGCUAUACAAUGGUAUGAAGCUGUUGGGCUUGAACCCUGUUAACCGAAUGUAA